GCUAUUUAUUUACUUCUCCAUAUGAAAAUAGGCCCGCCUUUAUCUCUCAAUGCGGUGAAGUUGAAACAGGAAGCUGCUGUUCUCCUCGUUCAGUUUGCAGCUUACUUGUGCAUCAACUGAAUCCAGUUAGCAGUUGAGCAACUUAUUUGCCUCUGUCCAUCUUUGCUUCAUCACGACAGUGUGUUUGACGUCGUAUGGCCUUAGUGCACGAGGAGUAGUAGGCUACAUCGGAAUUCUAUAAAGAAAGAUAUAUACUCAAGCUGGACUAAAACUUUGGAAAGUAAGACAGAUGACCUCGUUUUACGAAAAAGAACUGGAAGAGGAACUCAGUCAAGUUAACUGCCAAGAUGAGUUGGAGUUCGAUUACCUUUUUGAGUACGAACCACCUUGCAGCGACUUCCCAGGGGGAAACCAAGAUGAGCCUAACCUCUCAUCUCACAAAGUCCUCAGCCCUUCGACUUCUUCAGUCUACCCCCAGGAGGAGGCCUCUCCUUACAACAUCAAGUUGUGCAACCCUUCCUACAACCAACCCACGGCAGAGGUCCUCACAGGAUAUGAGCACCUGGAGGCCAGGAACUACCUGGACCAGUCCCGGCCUGGGGGUCUGGCUCUGAGCCCGCGCAUCGAGAUUACCCCCUCACGGGAGCACUACAACCAUGGCCGGGACUCCCUGCAGAACCACCCCCUAAACAUCAGCCCUAGACCCACCCUGACGGUGCCAGGCCAUGACAGCCUGGCCUACCGGGAGCCCCAGUGUCUGAGCCCCGCCAGCAGCAACUCGUCCACCAGUUGGCACUCUGAAAGCUACUCCCCCUGGGCCUCCCCUUGUGUGUCUCCCAGCAGCACCCAGACGGCUGGGGACCUCGUCCCCCGCUUCCAGAACAUACACACCGGAUCCCCCCGCACCUCCCCGGGCACCUCCCCUCGCACCAGCCUGGCUGAGGACGGCUGUCUGGGUCCACGCUCACCCUCCCCCAGGCCCGGCUCCCGCUCCACCUCCCCACAGGGCAAGCGCACCUACGACAUGUACCGCAACCCGACUCUAGUCACUGGCCACCGCUCUCGCAGUCCCUCUCCACAUGGGGGCCACGAGGAGUCCAACAUAACGGCCCACUAUGGCAACCCCAACAGUCUGGCUGAGGCCAUGAAUGGCUUUGGUACCGUCCAUCCUGGCUUGGUGCCCAGUAAGAUAGUGAAGACCACCCAGCCAUACACUCUCUACCAAGAGAACCAUGGGGAGCUGAACUACCUGGUCUCCUGUGAACAAGACAUCAAGACCAAGCCAGGAACAGAGCCCUUCUUUGUGAUCCCACCUAUCUGGCCCAAGCAGCUGGUCCCCAGCAUCUGCAGCAUCCCAGUGGCAUCUCUCCCUCCUCUGGAAUGGCCUGUACCCAGCCGUACGGACCAGUACAGUCUCAACAUCGACGUGCAGCCCAAGCCCCACCACCGAGCCCACUACGAGACCGAGGGUAGCAGGGGGGCCGUGAAAGCCCCCACAGGAGGCCAUCCUGUAGUCCAGUUGCAUGGCUACCGGGGCAAGGAGCCUCUGGGGCUGCAGAUCUUCAUCGGCACGGCAGACGAACGCAUCCUGAAGCCACACGCCUUCUACCAGGUGCACCGCAUCACGGGGAAGACAGUCACCACCACCAGCUACGAGAAGAUCCUCAACGGCACCAAGGUCCUGGAGAUCCCCCUGGAGCCCAAGAACAACAUGAAAGCCAUCAUCGACUGCGCCGGGAUCCUGAAGCUGAGGAACGCUGACAUCGAGCUGAGGAAGGGCGAGACGGACAUCGGACGCAAGAACACGCGUGUGCGCCUGGUGUUCCGGGUCCACAUACCCCAGCCAGGAGGGCAACAUGCCUCCCUGCAAGUGGCCUCCCAUCCCAUCGAGUGCUCCCAGCGCUCGGCCCACGAGCUGCCCAUGGUGGAGAAGCAGGACAUGGAGGGCUGCUCUGUGCUGGGGGGCCAGCAGAUGAUCCUGACCGGUCAGAACUUCAGCUCUGACUCUAAGGUCAUCUUUAUGGAGAAGACCCAGGAUGGACAACAGAUCUGGGAGUUGGAGGCGACUGUGGACAAGGAUAAAAGCCAGCCUAGCAUGCUGUUUGUGGAGGUGCCCUCCUAUCGAGACCCGUCCAUCUGUCAAUCUGUCAAGGUCAACUUCUACGUCAUCAAUGGCAAGAGGAAGCGCAGCCAGCCACAGCACUUCACAUACACACCUCUGGCAGUACCGUCUAUUAAAUCAGAGCCCCUGGAUGAGUAUGAGUCAGGUCACAUGGGCUUCGCCAUGCCCCAGAUCCUGGGUGUGUCCCCUCAGUCCUACUACCACAACCCGCGGCCCGUCCUCCAGCCCGACACCAGCCUGGUCUCCAGCCUGGCCUCCUGCCAGCAGGUCCACAGUCGCCCCGGUAUGCCCACCUCCAGCCCAGACCCCCGCUUCCAGCAGCAGAGCUCAGCCAUCGUUUACUCCCGCGGGGGUAAGAGUCUGAGCAGCAGCCCCGGCCACUACCAGCAGUCUGGAGGGAUGAUGCCCGACCCACACCGCUCCGUCCUGGUCCACACAGGCUCCCCGGCCCAGCCAGGGCCUCUGGGGGGCCAGCAGCACCAGCACUCAGUGGGCCCACACCCCUCCAUCAUCCAGUUCUCCCCCACCAACCACCCCCUUCUUCGGGGGGGGGACCCUCCUCCACCUGCCCAGGCAGACAACCCCAGCAUCCUCUACUGUGAUGGCUAUGCCCAGCAGGCAGGGACCCCACACUCCCACUCCCCCACCCCAGCUCAGGCUCAGCACUUCCCCACGGUGAUCCAGCAGCAGGCCUAUGUGCAGAAAGGGCCCAAGGGCCGGUCUCCCCCAGGUGCAGGCUCUGGUCCUGGACAGAUGGAGGCCCAGAGGGGCCCCCCAGGGGAGGAGCAGCCGACAGGCCCGCCAGGACGGGUCACGGUUAAGGAGGAAAACCUGGAUCAGGCCUACCUUGAUGACGGUGAGUUGAAUGAAAUCAUCCGGAAGGAUCUGACUGGUGUCCAUGCAAGAGGGCAGACAUAGAGGAAGAACUUUCAACGGGAAGUGACAUCAGAAACCCCGUAGUUAUGAGGUGAACCGCAGAACUCUCUCAGAAAAUGAAGAAGUCAUUACCAUCUUCACCUCAUGUCACCACAGACUUACUUCAUACAGAGUUCAGGCCAAAAACCAAAAGUUAUGCUUACUUUGUCAUUCAACAAAUUUUAAGUUAUACUUUAUUUUUAUAAGAUAAGUAAAGUGGCAAAAAAACUAAAGAGGGUAUUAUGCUCAAGUUGAAAAAAUUAUACUUAAAUCUAAUUUAAAUAUAUUAGAGAGCAGUACAUUUUAGUAUCUUUUUCUACACAUUUGUAAGUGUGCAUAAAAUAUACUGACGACUUUAAUUUACAGUAUGUAGGUGCAGUAAUUUUGUACUUUCUAAGUAAACUUUAAGUAUAAUCGUUUUUCACUUGUUUUUUCUAGAAAUACAAUUCAGACUAGCCACCCAAAGGCGUGUCACCAAAUAUGUUUCAUGGGUCUCUCUCAAACACACUUAAAUGUCAUCCAACCAACUUGCUCAUAUUACACUGAAACAGUGUACAGUAUGUAGUAUGUUGAGAAGUUAUAGCAGCUGAUUAUUAUAUAUUUGUUUUUACUUUGAUCAUCUCAAUUUAACUGUACAUAUUUAGGUUCAGAGAGACACACACUGCUUUGUGGAUAAACAAGCAUGAUUGUAGUUUCACCAACUAUUCUUAUAUGCACUGUUUAUAAAGACAACAUUUGCAUAUGUUGUAGGCUAUGUUCUUUGUUUCAGGUGACAAACUUGAAACUUUUUUUUAUCAAAAUCUUUUCUGCUUUUUUGCUGAUGUGCCAAAAAGGGCUCAUGUGGGUCUACGUUUCAUUUGAGAUAAAAAAUAUAUGAUACUGCACCUUUCUUAAUACAUUAUUGAAUACUAGCCUGGAUACUGUAGGUUUACAUAAUUCCCAAAGUGGUUUAGUAAGGAUUACUGGAGAAGAGUUCUUAAAGAUAUUGCCAGUCUUAAAGUAGCUAGUCGGCUAAUUUAGCUUGAGUGUUGUACACCUAUAGAAUGCCUUUUACUACACUCAGGUUCUAGCUCAAUGUUUUUUACUCCUACAUUUCUGUCUAUAUUAUUUGUAUUGUUGAUUGUAACUUUUAUCAGAAUAUGUGGCUAUUGUGUUACUCAUUGACAAUAAGUAAAUUACAUGCAUCUAAUGAAACAUCUAUGGUUUUGUGUCUAUAAUUCCUCUCAUUUGUUUUUUGACCACAAUUACAAUCAAAUAUUCAGAGCUAACAAUGUGCCUAUUUUAUAAUCAAGUAUUUCUAUGCUUCUGUAGGUAGUGUGCCUUACAUUUUCAAGAUAAUGUCACAUUUCCAAGUUGAGCAAAACUCAUUAUAUUAGAUAUUAUAUACUAUUAAACAGGAUAUCUGAAGAUACAUUCUGUUGAGCCAUUCUCUCAAUGCACAGCAUACCAUCUGAUGAAACAUCCUGAAUGUAUACAUUAUUAAAGCUUUUUUUUUUUUUUUUUACUGUAAAUAAAAUGUUGCUUUAAACUGUAAAAAAUAUAGUUGUUUUAGAAGUUUACGUUACUGAGGAUAGAGGAAAAUAUUUUUUUAUGAACUGCAUCAGUUGUUUCCAGGCUUGUAAUUGUUAAUCUAAUGUAUUUGUAAUAUAUCCUUAGAAACAUGACAUUUUAUUCUGGUUCAAUUGAUAUGAAAGCUUUUAAAAAGAUUUUUGAUAAAAAAAAGGUUGCCAUUUUACAUUAAGAUGCUCUUCAACAAGUUUGAUAAAAAAUCAAAGAAUAUUUUCAUGCAGAUUUACGACCAUCUUACUUGUCUCAGGAUGAUCUUAGUUUAAAGUGUUAUUUUAAAUGUACUACAGGGUUAAGCAAAUCCAACAAUUGGUUUGUAGACUCUCGAUUUUACUCAACAUGACAUAAUUUUGCUUGUUAAUGUAGUGUAAUGUAGAUUGUAUUCUGAUUGUGUAUUGUAAUAAUACCUUAGUAUAUGUACUGUGUUAAAUUUUUUACUGUAUUUUUUAGUUUCAGUUCCUCUCUUUUUUUUAAAGACAAAACAUGUAUUCCUAAAUUAGCAAUAAAUCAUAAUAGUAGAC